AAAAGGGGGGAGGAGGGGAGAGGACCCCUCCUCACCGCUCGACGUCGACUUGGCAGCACGCGGAAAUGUCAUCGCGUUAAUUUCCUCGAGGUGGAGGAGAGGGGGCUUCCUCCGCCUCGAGAUUCAACGAUCUCGAUCGGGAUCAAUCGUGCUGCGUAGGCAAAUUAAGAUUAAAAAGAUAAUUCGAGUAAAAAGAUAAUUAAGGGGGGAGUCCUCCCUUAAAUUUCCUUAUUUCAUAACUUUGAUUUCUUCAACUCUUAGCUUGAAGAUUAAAAAAUCAAAAAGAUUCUCGCACAGAAAUCUCAGGAGAAAUCUCGUUUCGUUACUUUCAAACCGGACGAGUCACCGUUAGAAAUAUGGUAGAUGAUAAAAUUUACGGAGCACAGAGCACAAACGGAUUUUGUCUUCGCCUCGAGAGCGAUAUAAGAUAUAUAAAUAUACGAAAUACGUCUCCGCGAUCUCAUAAUAAAGUGAAAAAAGCGAGUUUACGUAAUCGCAAUUAAAUGACGGAACGAAGAGAAAUAAACGAGUCGGCAUUCACAAUCGACGCGGACGAUUUUUCCUUAGUAACUAUGUCUCUCGCUGCUACUGUCGUCAUCGCGUUCGCCACGUUCUUGAACUUGCACAACUUGACUUGAUCGCACGUACGACGAUCAGUUACGAUCUAUCAACGGAGAGAGCGCGUCGAACCACGAGAAGACUCACGCGAGCGACCAUUUUCCGAUUAUCGCGGCUAACGGAACGAGUCAGUUCGCAGCCAGUUGGCUUCGUGGGAAGAACUGAAACGAUCGAGGGGGCACCGAGAAGAAUGUCAACGGCUCGAAAAGGCGAAUAGGUUUUAUUUACUACGAUCCUCCCGCGUUAACUCGUGCACGAAGAUGAAGUUACUUACAAUCGUUCCCGCCCUUUUCCCUUGGUUAACGAUCGUCGACUGCGUGUCGACUGCGAGAUUUUGCGGUCCAGAGACGGGAGACGAUUUCCAACGCGCGCACGUAGGCCUGAUUAUCUCGCCCAUAAUGUCCAUUCGAAUGAUACGGGAGAUCGAGAUUUAUUGGAAUCACGCCAGGUAUCGACCGGGCGAUACGAUCGCUCUUUACACGGGCGAGCCCACGAACGGCCUCGAGCCAAUUUAUACCCUGAUACCAAACGCGCCGAGUGGCAUCAAGAGGACCGGAGUGCAGGCCACGUUCGUUCCCACCUCGAAUCUCACAUUCGUUCAGCAAUGCCUACAGUAUCAUGUCGCUUGGUUGAGAAACGGCACGGUAAGACUGACAAAUUGUCUGCAAACGCAGCCUCGCUGGAUGUCGGAGAGGAGAGCCAUCUUAGGAUCACUGCCGUUGAGCAGGGUGUUCCUACCUGGCACGCACGAUUCCGCGUCGUACGCGAUACACGAACGAGCGAACUCCGAGAAUAUCGUCGAGAGAUACGUGAUAACGCAGGAUGUGGACGUGCUCACGCAACUGAUCUACGGGGUCCGAUAUCUCGACAUCAGAGUCGGACACUAUCCCAACACCAAUUCGGUAUGGUGGGCGAAUCAUGGAGUGUUCAAGUCGGUUCCUAUGCAAACCGUCGUGAACCAGGUCAAGAUCUUCCUCAACAAUACGAACGAGAUCGUAAUUUUCGACAUUCAGGAAUUCCCAGUUGGUUUUGGGAAAAAUCUGGGGGUACAUCACGAAUUCGUUGGAUUCCUAGAGGAACAAUUCGCCGGAUAUUAUCUGCCGAAGAGUGGGUGGACCAGUACGCUGAAUUCGAUCUGGUCGACCGGGAAAAGGCUUAUCAUCGGUUAUGAUGACAGACGAGUCGUCAGCCGCUACGAAAGCGUAUGGCCCUGCGUGACACAUCAAUGGGGAAACGUCAGGACUAUCGAAGAUUUGUUCAACUAUCUGAAUCGCAUCGAAACGGAAAGUGUCGGGCAACUUAGAUCAAUACCACGAUCGGCGAUGGCAGAAUUAACGCCCAACACGUGGGAUGUAAUCUUAAACCGGCUUGGAAGUAUCCGUCAAAUGGCGGAUAAAGUUAAUAUCAAUGUUACGAAUUGGUAUAACAGCAAGUGGCAAAGCACUGCCAAUAUUGUUGCUGUCGACUUCGUUCGUUCAUCCGGCAUCAUCGAGACCGCGAUCGAGUGGAACGAAAGACGAAAUUGGAAUUGUUGAAACCCCUUCUCUAUUCCCUAUUCGCGUGAGAAUUGAAGAAACGUACAAACUGAAGUUCACUAAUGCACCAUUAAUCCAUAGUAUGCCGAACAGCAAAACAAUUUUUAUACAAAUAGUACUUAAUAAUUUAUUGUUCUACUAUGAUUUUGUCAAUAGUUACGUGUUGUACGAAUAUUAAUAAAUUUUAUAAACAA